AUGAACCCUGUUCAAGAUCCAGAGAUCCCAGCCCUGAAUGGCUCCGAAAACAACAAGUUUCUCUGCCUCACAAUUUGCGGCUACCGCAAAUCCGGAAUGAGCGAAGGGGCUUACCGCAAUCACAUGGUAAAUGUGUCGGCCCCUAUGACCAAGGAUCUCAUGGUCAAAUAUGGCGUCAAAAGAUGGACGCAAAUUCACAACCAGACAGCCACACGUGCAAUGAUGUCUUUACUUGUAGACCCACAGAUGGUAAACAUCGCGGAUUUUGACUGCUUCAGUCAGGUAGUGUUCAAGAGCGUAGCGGAUUAUAAACGCAUGAAGCAGGAUCCAUGGUACAAGCAACACCUCGUAGGCGACCACGAAAAGUUUGCUGACACCAAACGGAGCAUGAUGACCAUUGGUUGGGUUGAGGAAUUUAUUCGGGAUGGGGAAAUUGUUGAUGGAUUUAAAGACUGCUAG